AUGACGAGGAACUACUCCAUCACAUACCUGAAGCGGUGGUCGUGCAAGCCCAAGAAAGAGAUUCCGGGCGUGCCCCAGAUCAAAGCCCUCCACGUCUAUGAUUUCGAUAACACGCUAUUCAGCAGUCCUCUCCCAAAUCCUCAGAUAUGGGCCGGUUCAACAAUAGGUAUGCUUCAGGCGAAAGAGACGCUCACAUACGGCGGCUGGUGGCAUGACUCCACCAUUCUCGCAGCCACAGGUCAAGGUCUCGAGAAAGAGGAAGCAAGAGCAUGGGAGGGAUCGUGGAACGAGACAGUCGUUGACCUGGUCAGACUGAGCAUCGAGACCAAAGACGCGUUGACGAUCGUCCUGACCGGCCGUAACGAGAAGAGCUUCGCCGAUCUCAUCAACCGCAUGCUCAAUGCCAAAGACCUGGACGUUGAUCUCGUGGCACUCAAGCCAGACCUCUCACCCGGCGGUUCAGCCUUCGGAUCUACCAUGGAAUACAAGCAAGCCUUCUUGUCGGAUCUGGUCUUCACAUACAAGCAUGCAGAAGAGAUCAAGAUCUACGAGGACAGACCCAAACACGUCAAGGCGUUCAAGGACUACUUUGAGAAACUCAACAAGUCUUUCCUAUCACACCCCGUCGACCAGCCAGCACCACCUCGGAAGCCAAUCACGACCGAUGUCGUUCACGUCUGUGAGCUGAAGUCAUCUCUGGAUCCUCAUACUCAACGGUGGAUCAAGCAGAAGCCCCUCAAGAUCGUUGAGAACCACCUGUAUCUCGGCCAUCUCAUCAACCAAAACGAUUCGGCCAGACUCAUAUCGCUGUGUAACGUCCAGCCUACUCUGAUUGAUUCAGGUGAGGUGCGGUUCAUGGCUUCAAACAUCCUCAUAGAACCCGGCUACGCUCGUAAAGACGUUGUGCAGAAGGCCGGUGGUCGAGGCAAGAAGGUCAUGUGGCAGGUAGACGGUAUUGCCAAGUACGAAGAUCGAAUAUGGGCUGCAAGAGUGACUCCCGUUCAGGACACUCAGGUCUUCACCAAGGACUCUACUCCGACUGUGGUUCUGGCCAUCAGGAAGGGGUCUAGACCAAUCGACGCUAGCAAGAUCACCAAUUGGCAACCUGUCAGUAAGGACAAGGCAUUCAUGUUCCAGACUGAAGUCGGUGACAAGCUCAUGCUAGAGAUCCAGCGAGACAACACGCCUGCAAAGAACAACAACCAAGACCGAGACCGUGGUGGACAGACCUUCAACAAACGCAAGUUCAACGAUGAGAAUGACUUCAACAAUGCCUGGCCAAAGCCGGGUGAGCAGCACAACAAGCGACAAGGCGGUGAUCGUCAUGGCCAAGCACGUCACUUCCAGUCCAAGGCAAACUUCAACAACGCGUCCAAUCCCAAUAUGCCUGGUAGCACCGGCAAGCAGUUCCAGAACCAGAGCAACACGGCCAAGCCCGCAACACAGCAGCAGGGCCGCAAUAAUGCCAACAUGGGCGCCAAUAGAGGUGGUGCAAACAACAAUAACAACCAGCGGAAUAAUCGCAACGGCAAUCGUGGCCCAGCCUACAAGAGCUUGGACGACUACGGCCCCAAUAACUUUGACGGUCAGGCCGAUCCAAAGCUGCAGCAGACCGCUAUGGUGAUGGACUACUAG